AUGUUUCUUCAAGCAUUUUACCUUGUUGCUUCAUCCACUCGUCGUUACGUUCUUGAUUUAUACUCUUCUAGCACUAAAAAACCGAGGAAAUCAGUACGAUUCAGUGGCGUCGAUACCGUACAACUCACACACAGUCCAUCUGAAUAUGAUCGACAUGCUCGAGCAACCUUGCGUAUCAACACCAAGCUUGGUCUCCCUGGUCCACAAUUUUUCAUGCAGCCUAUUCCUACACGCCUCGUUGAAUUGUGUUCGUAG